UGCUCAUACGAAGGACUGCCCGAAGUGUCACUCAUGUAUCGAAAAGAAUGGCGGUUGUAAUCACAUGCAGUGCGCCAAGUGCAAGCAUCACUUUUGUUGGAUGUGUUACGGAGACUGGAAGACGCACGGAAGUGAAUAUUAUGAAUGUAGCCGUUAUAAGGAAAAUCCACUGGUGGCUCAAGAGGCAAACCAUAUUAAAGCCCGUCGCGCCCUUGAAAAAUAUCUUCAUUAUUACGAGCGCUACGAGAAUCACCACAAAUCCUUGAUGCUGGAGGAGGACUUGCGCAAACGUAUAAUGAAGAAAAUUGAGGACAAAGUUAACAAUCAUGAGGGGACCUGGAUUGAUUGGGAAUAUCUGCAGAAAGCGGCGGCACUGCUUACAAAAUGCCGGUACACGCUGCAAUAUACCUAUCCAUAUGCGUAUUAUAUGGAGAAUGGGCCAAGAAAGGAACUGUUUGAGUAUCAGCAAGCACAACUGGAGAAGGAGAUUGAAGAACUGUCGUGGAAGGUGGAGAGGGCCGAAAAUAUGGAAAGGGGUGGUUUGGAGGCUCAAAUGCACGUGGCUGAAUGUAAGCGACGGAUUCUUCUGACGGAUUUUUUCGACUGAUG